ACAGUUGACAACUUGACGUUUAGUAAACAAAUGCUUUGGAUUUAUACGAUUAUAGAAAUUUGGAAGAUUUAAAAACUUUAGGGAACCAUUUAUAGUUUGGGCGAGGCAUAUAAUUAUUUAUAAAAUCACAAAGAAUAGCUUAGUGUUGUGUCCAAACUUACAAACAAAUUACCUGAAAAUGUCCCUAAGGUUUUUUACUAGAAUGAUUUUACCAAAUACAAUUAAUAAGUUACAGAUGUUAAACAUAUCUGCAUAUAAUUUAAACAAAACCCUACCAUCCUUGCGCACAUCAAGCCUAAAUUUGCCGAUAAAUACGAACCAGUCAAGGCGGUUAUACUCUGAAGAUGCCAAACUUCAAGAAAUGAUUGUAGACUGUGAAUAUGUAAAAAAUGCUACAUCAAACAAAAAUAUUUUAAUUGUUGAUGUUCGCGAACCAGAUGAGGUCAAGGAACAUGGCAAAAUUCCUAACAGCAUUAACAUUCCUUUGGGAAAUGUAACAACUGCUUUAAACUCACUAUCAGAGAAAGAAUUUGAACAAAUGUAUGGACAAAAAAAGCCAUCGGAAGAUAAUGAAAUAAUCUUUUACUGCAUGAUUGGAAAGAGGUCUGGAAUGGCACAACAAAAUGCUUUAAGUGUUGGAUAUAAAAAUGCUAAAAAUUAUGUUGGAAGCUGGACAGAUUGGACAAGUAAAAUUCAGUAGAUUUAGAUUUAGCAGUGUUCUACUUAUUCAUUUUAUAUAUUUGAAUAACAAGUCAUUUAUUCACAAAUAUGAAAAAUAUUAUAAUGAAAACUUUUGUUAUUUAGAAAGUGUAUAUAAAAUGUGAAUGCACAAGAAUAAAACCAAACUUUAGAAUAUUAAACUAUUGUUAAUUUCAUUAUUGACAUUAGAUUAUGGAAGCCAAACUUUUUUUUAAACAUAACAUUAAAUCAUUGACACACCGGGGAAUAAUAGCAGUAGAACCUUGGUUCAUAAAUAAAAUAUAAAAAAACAA